CUGGACACAUCCCAGCCGAUUCACAAGGCAGGUGGGUGGGGAAAACCAGAUUUGCCAUGGAGAAAAUUUCAAUGUCAGCGUUCUUGCUCCUUGUGGCCCUCUCCUACAGUCUGGCCAAAGAGACCACAGUCAAACCUGGAGCUAAAAAGGACACAAAGGACUCUAAACCCAAACUGCCACAGACCCUCUCCAGAGGUUGGGGUGAUCUACUCAUCUGGACUCAGACAUAUGAAGAAGCUCUAUACAAAUCCAAGACGAGUAACAAGCCCUUGAUGAUUAUUCAUCACUUGGAUGAAUGCCCACACAGCCAAGCUUUAAAGAAAGUGUUUGCUGAAAAUAAAGAUAUCCAGAAAUUGGCGGAGCAGUUUGUCCUCCUCAAUCUAGUUUAUGAAACAACCGACAAACAUCUUUCUCCUGAUGGCCAGUACGUCCCCAGGAUUAUGUUUGUGGACCCAUCCCUGACAGUCAGAGCUGACAUCACCGGAAGAUAUUCAAAUCGUCUCUAUGCUUAUGAACCUUCGGACACAGCUUUAUUGCUUGACAACAUGAAGAAAGCUCUCAAGUUGCUGAAGACUGAAUUGUAG